AUGUGGAGCAAUCUUGAAGAGCAAAACAGCCCAAGGAUUACGAUUGCGCCCCCUCUCCUCAAUAUUUUGUCAUCACUACCUUCGUCUGUCAGCCAAUCCCAUGCCCCAUCUGCCAGUUGUCUCGCGGACAUCUCGUCAGUUUCUCUCCAGCUGCCUCCUCCCCCUCUUCCUUCUAUAUCGCCUAACUCACAGCCUCCUCUACCGCUUGUUAGCACCUUCGAGCUUUCCCCGAUCAUUUCGGCAUCUCGAGAUGUGCUUACGCCGAACGAGACGGUUGAUCAGCUGGCCACGCUUGGAGGCAUUGGUCAGGCGGAUUGUGAUACAAUCAAUGCCGGCGGUUUCGGAGGUGGCAGCGCCGGAAGUGGCAACAGCAACGGCAGUGUGGGUAGUUAUGACAAUGGUAAAAGUAGCUAUUCUCUUGGAGGUUACCGGCCGACUGGUAGAUGGAAUCAUGGCACGACGAAGAGUGGCGAUCAGUUCUCCUGUCGUCAGUGUGGCCACACGUAUCGGCAGAAGGUGCACCUUCGAAAGCACGUCAUGUCAGCACACUGGCUCCGGAAGCCCUACCAAUGCCAGCAUUGCGCGUAUGCGACUGUCGAGAAGAGUCACCUAACUGUCCACGUUCGCACACACACAGGCGAGAGGCCAUUUCGCUGCCGAGAGUGUGGCUAUGCCUCGGCACAGAACUGCACACUCAAAUCGCACUACCUGCGCCGGCAUCCGGCCAGUCGAGUCUUGUGCGGCUGGUGUGGAGACACUUUUGUCACGGAGCAGGAGCGCAAUAACCACCAGCGUAGUUGUCAGGACGGUCUCGACGUUGGGCUCGACCGGGCCCCAACACUUGUCUCCUCUGGCUCUUUACCUUCAUCCAGUUCAACGUCUUUUCCCGUUGCCUCAGACAACGAGCAUAGCUUCCAGUUGGCACUCGGCAACAGCGGUUUAGAGGCCGAGAAAUCGCUAGCUCCUUCAGGUGACAACGAGUCGACUACAGUCGCACUCGGCUUCAAUUUCGCCUCUUCGACCUCCUCACCUCGAGUUCCAGGCGGCUUUCAGGCCACUCACUUUUCCCUUCGGUCCAUUCCCACUCCACCCACGACAGUCUGGAAGCCUCACUGCUCACUAAAUGCGCAUGUCUAG